AUGUCCUCUUCUAUCCCCCUUGAAGCUCCUACCGAUAUUCGUAUCCUCACGCUCAAUUGUUGGGGUCUCAAAUACAUCGCCAAAUACCGCCAUGAGCGCAUGUCAGAAAUUGGGCGCCAGCUGGCAUUAACCACGCCGCCGCCAGAAAUCGUCGGACUCCAAGAAUGUUGGACACAGAAGGACUUUGAAAGCAUUCGCGACCAAACUCGACAUAUCCUGCCAUAUGGGAAAUUUUAUUACGGGGGCAUCUUUGGCGCGGGAUUGGCGAUUUUGUCAAAAUGGCCGAUUGAAGAAAGUAGCAUGUUUGGCUACCCAUUGAAUGGUAGACCUACGGCAUUCUUCCGGGGAGACUGGUACGUGGGCAAAGGUGUCGCUAGCGCACGCGUGCGGUUCGGCCCUGGUGUUGCAGACGUUGCGGAGGUGUUCUGCACUCACCUACAUGCCCCGUAUGAGCGUGAACCGAACGACUCAUAUCUGUGUCACCGCACCGCGCAAGCUUGGGAGAUUGCGAAGCUCAUGCGUGGCGCUGCAGAGCGCGGCCACUUAGUCAUUGGCCUGGGUGAUUUCAACAUGGUUCCUUCUUCUUUCGCACAUCGCCUCAUCACUGCCCAGAGCCCCGUCCGCGACGCCUGGCGCGAGCUCCAUCCUGACUCCUCUCUCGCGGCAGCAAUUGAUCCUGUUGAACAGGCACGCAACCGGCCUAUCCCCACCGCCGAGUUCAAUCUCACGGAGAAUGGAGCUACGUGCGAUGGGUCCUUCAAUACGUGGCGCUGGACUGAGGCUAUGCGCAAACGCCUAGAGAAGGGUGAAGAGAUUAUCAUCGACAAAGAUACCCCUGAUCCACGUGCCAAACGUCUGGACUAUAUCUUCAUUGGUGAUGGCGGUUACCCUCCUGCAUUCCCGCCGGCUACCUGGUCGGUCCAGUCUGUUCAAGUAUCUAUGACAGAGCGCCAUCCCACUCUCCUUUGCUCUCUGAGCGACCACUUCGCUGUCGAGGCUGUCAUCACCCGCUCUCCUACGGCAUCAACCCGUCCACCCUCCCCCUCGGCAGAUUCUGCCCCAGCCUCUCCCAAUUCACCUACCCUGCACAAGACAAGUUCAAAACCUGUAUCUCCCAACGCCGCCCUUUCCCCCGAGACAUACGACCACAUCAUUGACAUGAUCCACACAUACGUGGCCCGUGAACGAUCCCAGCGCCGUUGGCGCCUGGCGCAUUUCCUUGCCUCUAUCGUGAUUUCCAUUGGUUGCAUGAUCGGUGUCUGGUGGAUUGGCAGCCGCACGUACAUUGGAUUUAUCCUCAUCUUUGUCAGCACGUUGAACUUCGGUGGUGGGAUUCUGGAUGGUCUAAUUGGUGGGCUAUUUAUGUCUGGCGAGUUGCGUGCCUUAAAGGAGUUUGAGUGGGAGGUGAGCAAUGCGAGGAGCUUGGUCGUUGCUGCUGAGGGCGACUCUCGGGCUGUUUCAGAAGAAACAGAGAGAGAUCAAAAGGAUCUUUAA